UAGUAGAUGAUUAGAGAUAUUGAAGAGAAUUUAUAAAUUAUGGAAACAGAUGAUUGUGAAAAUGAUCUUGAAUAUAAAAUUAAAUAAAAUGCAAAAAUGUGUUUGGGCAUAUCGUUAAAAGAAGUCACUCCAUAAUUAAGAAAUUAUUAAAAUUAAAUGAUGAUGUAAGUUCAAUUAGAAAGACCAUCACAAAACUUAAAAGUUGAUUUUGAAUAGGAAUAUUUUGAAACUUUAAUUUUGGAUAGAAAUGAUAGAAUUAAAUAAUUAGGAGAAAAAUUGAAAAAAAUGAAUGAAUUAUUUAAAGAAAUGAAUAGACUAGUUAUAGAAUAAGGUACAUUAUUGGAUAGAAUUGAUAUCAAUAUAGAUCAAACUUUCACAAGAAUUAAAAAAGGAAAAGAAUAAUUAGUUUAAGCAAAUACAAAAUAAGAAACUAGUGACAGAGCAUAAAAAUGUAUUUGUGUUUUAGUAGGAUUAAAUAUUUUUAUAGCUUUACUUUUUGUAAUUAAACAUACAUUAUUAUGA